AUGAGGAUUCUUCCCCUGUUCGUUCUAUUAGUUUGCUUUGCAUGGCAGACGUCGGCGCGUCCACAAGACGAUUCUGAAUCCCGGGCAAUCCCAUCCAGGGGUUUGCUCAAACGAGGCUUAGUUGGAAAAGGGAAACCCACAACAUCCACCACAACAGCUGCGCCAGAGGAGGAAGGCGAUUAUGACGAGGAAGGUGACUACCCAGCAGAAGCAGAAGCUAACGAGCCGUCUACAGAAGCACCCCCAUCUUCCACAGAGGGUAAAAAGCUCGUUGCAGGAGGAGUGAGGCCAUUCCGAAGCAACACUGACCUUCUAGCAGCCUUAAAAAGGCGGCGAGCACAGGCCGCGGAAGCCAAAUUGGGUCACUCAGUACCCGCCGCCAGCCAAUCACAGGAUGACCAAACUGAAGCAUCAGUAAAAGCUAACUUCAGUAAAAAGCGUUUGAACACAGGGACUCGCGAAACAAAAACAGAAGAAGCACCAGCGCCUGCUAAGCCCAAUAGAAGCCGAUUUGGAAGACCGACUUCAAAGUCGUUCCAAGAGACGGAACCAGUAGAAGAACAGAAUGACACCGCUCCUGCUACGAGGACCGGCAGACAAUUCAGACGUGGUGGAAAUUAG